CGGGAGGUGCUUUCCCCGCACGUCGCUGCGCGGCGCCUCCGCGCUCUUUACGCCGCCAUGCGGCGAGGCGCACGGCGAUGACGUAGAGCCCGCGCGGCGCGGCGGCCGGAGCCGCCUUCGUUCCCUUUUGUCCAAGAUGGCGGCGGCCGCCGGAGGCGUCUCCUGAUCCGAGGGCCCCGGCGCCAUGAAGCGCGGUAGCGAACGGGACGCCAGCCCGCCGGGGGCCGGGGGAGGCCGCGCUGCCGCCGCCAAGAGGCCGCGCGAGCGCGAGCGCGAAAGCAGCAGCCGGCGCGGCCUGCACCGCAGCUCGGGCGCCUCCCGCAGCAGCCGGGACAAGUCCACGCCCGGCGGCGGCGGCGGCGGCGGAGGAAGCGGAGGAAGCGGCGGAGGCGGCUCCGGCUCCCGCAGCCACCGCGGCGAUGAGCGCGCCGGCGGCGCCGACUCCAACCACCGCCCGGCGGCGAGCGGCUCGGCCUCGGGCGCCCGCGGCCAGGCCGCCCCCUCGUCAUCCUCAUCGUCGUCGUCGUCCCGCGCGCUCGGCGUGCCCAAGGCCAAGGCCCUGCCCGGCGCCGUGGUGGCCCCUUCGCUGCUACUGGCCGGGCCGCCGCCGGGCGCCGCGCCCUCGCUGCUGCUGGCGCCGCUGGGGGGCUCGGCGGGGCUGUCCGGGGAGCCGCCCGGCUCCUGUGAGUACAAGACGCUGCUGGUGAGCGGGCUGAGCGCGGCCCUGCCCGACCAGCUGCUGGAGGACGGGCUGUUCCGCCUCUUCCAGCGCUUCGCGGGGGGGGGCGCCGGGGACAUCAGCGUCAAGCUCUCCCACACGCCCGAGCUCGGCCGCGUCGCCUACGUCAACUUCCGACACCCCGGGGACGCCCGCGACGCCCGCCGGCACGCCCGGGCCCGCCAGCUGCUCCUCUACGACCGGCCACUCAAGGUGGAGCCCGUGUACCUGCGUGGGGGCCGCAGGAGCCGCACGCCGCCCCCCGCGCCCUCACCGGAGCCCCUGGGCUACCUGCCACCUCUGCACGGCGCCUACCAGUACAAGCAGCGGUCGCUUUCACCCGUCACCAGCCCUUUGCUGCGGGAGCCGCGGCCCCGCCAUGCGCACGCUGCCGCCGCUGCCUUCGCGCUGGAGGCCGCCGCCAUCGGGCUCUCCCGGGAGCGGGAGCGGGCCCUGGAUUACUAUGGGCUGUAUGACGAGCGCGGCCGGCCCUACAGCUACCCCAUCGUGGCCGAGGAAGACCUGAUGCCGGAGGAUGAUCAGAGAGCCACCCGCAACCUCUUCAUCGGCAACUUGGACCACAACGUCUCAGAGGUGGAGCUGAGACGUGCCUUCGAGAAGUACGGCAUCAUUGAAGAAGUGGUGAUCAAGCGUCCUGCCCGCGGCCAAGGUGGGGCUUACGCUUUCCUCAAGUUCCAAAACUUAGACAUGGCGCAUCGGGCCAAGGUCGCAAUGUCAGGCCGCGUUGUCGGCAGGAACCCUAUCAAAAUUGGCUACGGUAAAGCCAACCCUACUACCCGGCUGUGGGUGGGUGGUCUUGGCCCCAGUACUUCUCUAGCUGCCCUGGCAAGGGAGUUUGACCGCUUUGGCAGCAUCAGGACUAUUGACUAUGUGAAGGGAGACAGUUUUGCGUAUAUCCAGUAUGAAAGCUUGGACGCUGCCCAGGCCGCCUGCGCGCAGAUGAGAGGCUUUCCCUUGGGCGGGCCAGAGAGGAGACUUCGUGUGGAUUUUGCCAAAGCAGAAGAGACGAGAUACCCACAGCCGUACCAGCCUGCACCUCUCCCUGUGCACUACGAACUGCUUGCUGAUGGGUAUAGCAGACACAGAAGCCUAGAGCAAGACUUGAGGGUGCGAGAUAGGACUCCUCCACAUCUCCUGUACUCGGACAGAGACAGGAGCUUUGCAGAGGCAGACUGGGCCAGUCCUGCCAAAAACGCUGAACGCAGAAACAACUUGGAGAGCUACAGCCGAUCAGUGCGUAGCCGGAGUGGAGAGCGAUGGGCCAGUGACAGCGAUCGCACUGUGCCCAAACUGUGGGAAGAGCGGCGGAAACGACGGAGCCUUUCCAGUGACCGUGGCAGGACUACUCACUCGCCUUACGAGGACAGAAGCAGGACAAAGGCCAGUGGGCCAGCUUUAGACCGCAGCCCGGAGCGGGCCCGCAAAGAGAAUCACACUACAGAAUCCGGAACUGAGAAAGAGCAGAGUAACUCCCUUCAGAACAAUCGUCACACAACUGAGGAGAAACCCCAUCGUGAGGCAUCCGAUGCUCCGCAGCCUAAAAAAAGGGACAGCGAACGCAAUCAUCGAACUGGUGAAUCAGAAUCAAAAACUCACGAGGAGCCAAAAUCUGAGACCAAAAAGUUAAAGAAUUUGUCAGAAUACGCUCAGACGCUGCAACUUGCUUGGAAUGGGCUUCUCGUGCUAAAAAACAGCUGCUUCCCCACAUCUAUGCACAUUCUGGAGGGAGACCUCGGUGUCAUCAAUGGACUCCUCAAAGACCAUUUGUCUGGUGGGAAGCUCACGCAGCUCAAAAUCGCUCAGAGACUUCGGCUCGACCAGCCCAAGCUGGAUGAAGUGACUCGCCGUAUCAAACAAGGCAGCCCCAAUGGCUACGCUGUGCUCCUGGCGACGCAGUCUGCCCCGGGGAACGCGGGGGCCGAGGGGACCUUUCCCGUGGUCGAGCCCGGCUUGCAGCGACGGCUGCUCAGGAAUCUGGUCUCCUACUUGAAACAGAAGCAGGCUGCUGGGGUUAUCAGCCUGCCCGUGGGAGGAGCGAAGGGCAGAGACAGCACAGGCAUGCUUUAUGCGUUCCCUCCUUGUGAAUUCUCUCAGCAGUACCUCCAGUCAGCACUAAGGACAUUGGGGAAGUUGGAAGAAGAACAUAUGGUGAUAGUUAUAGUCAAAGACACUGCCUAGCCCACACUGUCUUUUCAAAUUCCAUGUUUUCUUUGUGUGUCACACAAACCCGUUGUUUUUAAGGCCAAUCAUUUUGGUGGAGGCUCAGAACACCUCAACCGAAGUGCUAAGAUUUUUAGUUUCUAAUUAAUUUUAAUACCAUUUAAAUAGUGCCCAUUUCAUUCGUUUUUAAUACGUGACACUGUCUGCUGUUGUUCUGUAUUUUUAUUUUUUAACUGUAUGAAAAAGUCGUCAGUAAAGCCUUGUUCACUGAUGGAUUUCUAAACUUGUGCGCUAUCCUGGUUCUUAAGGCCUGGGAGGGCUGCUGCCCUGUGCUGCCCGCUGAUGGGGGCCCAGCCCAGCCCCUCAGCCUCCAGCCUACACCUCCUCAGUCUCUUUCUGGUGUCCUGCCAGGUGGGACGGGAAGGGGGAUUUGUCAUUGUGCCCUAUGGGAGACUGAGAGGUUGGUCUUGCUUUCUUGUUUUUGUCCUGUUUGUUUUUUAUUUAGCAAAUUUAAAUCUUGGUGCAUUUCAAGGCCAGGCUGGAUGUGGCUCUGGGCAGCCUGGUCUGGUUGUUGGUGACCCUGCACAUAGCAGGGGGUUGAAACUGGAUGAUCACUGUGGUCCUUUUCAACCCAGGCCAUUCUGUGAUUCUACGAUUUCUGUUGCUACUCCAUUUGGUGACAGAUCCUUUCAAGGAAGCAAAACCUGACUGAGAAUAGAAAUCUUCUUUAUACACCAAAUAAUAAUAAUAAUAAUAAUAAUAAUAAUAAUAAUAAUUACAGUUGAUAAUUGGGCAAAAAGUUUGCUACUAAGGAGUCAAUCCUGUACAACCUCAACAGAACAGAUGAGGCCUGAUGUUCCUGGUUUCUGUAAAAAGAGAAAUAAAUCAAGCAUGAGAAAAAAUAUCAUUGAAAGGGGAAACCUCUUGGGCCUGUAUUAGAUGCAGACAAACAAAUAAAGGGCACCAAGUUGUUUUGUGAACUGUGGGUGCCCCUUUUUAUAGCCAUCAUGUUCACUAUCUGAAAUCCUUUAUUGCAAGAUAAACUGCAAAGGUUUUUUCUUUUUUUUUUUUUAAGUUAAAAUUUAUUUGCAAGCAUGCAAAAAUAUAAACAACUCUGGCUGUCAUCUAGAAGCAUGGUGUGUGCCCACGAGGAAGCUGUCUGCAGAGCAAGAACAGGAAUUUAAGCUGAGGUUCUUCACUGUGUCUGUCUGUGGCAUGAGACAGUCAUUCCAGAGAGCCUGGACAUGCAGGGCUGGUUUCUGGGUGACUUGAGGAUGUAACUAUUUCAAAUUUGAGUUAAACUGCACUACUCAGCUUGGGGAUUUUGUAUUUUUUAAAAUCACGCCUCCAGAUUUCAAGAGGCUUACAGGAAAUUGUGUGGCAUUAGAAGCACUACAUUCUGAACUUUCUCUUUAGAAUUGCAGGGAUUUUUUUUGGUUUUGUUUUUUGUUGGUUGUUUGUUUGUUGAAGCUUUGGUGGUAAGCAAGUGAACAAAACCCUGGCAGAGCCAGAACCCAGGCCCUCCUCACAAGCGGUCUCUGAGCAAGCAGACUCACUGCUGCCAAAGGCACUUCAGAGCUGUGCUCUCAAGUGAGCGGCAGUCAAACCCUACACACACAGGACUGUAACUCAGCUUAAUGAUGCCUCUCUUUGUUUUUAAUUUUCAACCCUGCAGUUUCACAGCAGGGACAUCGUCAGCUUAAUUUAAUAAUGUAUUGGUGUCAACAAUUAUGAUUAUUGGUUUUAUUUAUUUAUUUAUUUUUAAACAUUUAAUACUGUGAUUGUAUACUAAUGAGUUAGUGUGCUUAUGAGGGGAUAUUUCACUUUGGUGUCUGUAGCCCAUAAAAUAUAACUCUGUACUAAGAACUAAGGGCCUGAAAACAGUGACAAGGGCCCAGGCGCUGAGCAGGUUUGCAGGGCAGCAGUACUACAGGGCACAGGGCAGCUGGCCUGCUCCUGAUGUUACAUGGUUACAAGGAUGACUUUUCACCUUGUGACCUAGUCCUCACCCCUGUUGUAACAUAGACAGUGCCAAAUGUUAGUAAGUGUAACGUCUAAGUGUCAUCUGAAACCCAAGUGUUUUUAGAUGUCCCUUAUGGCCAGAGUCAAUGUGACCAGAGGUUUUUGUCAGGGAGCACCCUGUGUAGUGUCCAUGUCCCCACUGUCGCAGCAGUUUGCAGUAGGGUCCCAGCAAGCGCCUGAUGGCUUCUGGAAGUUGCACAUCUCUGCUAACAGAGCCAAGGAACCAGCACAGAUACCCCAUCUCCCACUUUCCUUUUGAGACAAGUAAUAGCAGAGGGUUUGGGCUGUUUUGUAAGUUGGGCAGAAGGGAACCUUAUGAGAUUUAGCAAGAGCAAGUGCAGGGUCCUACACCUGAGGAAGGGCCGAGCUGCUGCAGAGGAGCUGUGCACAGAAGGACCUGUGGCUCCUGGUGGGCAGCAGGUUGGCCAUGAGCCAGCAAUAUGCCCAGGUGGCCAAGAAGGACAAUGGUUCCUGGGGGUGUGUUACAAAGAGUGUGGCCAGCAGGGCGAAGGAGGUGAUCCUCCCCUCUGCUGUGCCCAAAACUGGAGUGCAUGGAGUGCUGCAUCCAGUUUUGGGCUCCUCACUGCACAAAAGACAGGGAACUGCUGUAGAGAGAGCAGCAGAGUGACAAUGAUGGUUAAGGGCCUGGAGCAACUUCCUUGUGAGGAAUCACUGAGAGCCCCAGGGGCUGGUCAACCUGGAGAAAGGUGAGAGAUGUAAUCAAUGCCUGUAAUGUAAUCAACCUAAUGGGCAAGUCAAGCAGAUGAGGCCAAGUUCUUUUUGGUGGUGCCCAAUAAUCAGACAAGGAGCAAUGGGAACAAACUGGAACAAAGGAAGUUCCAGACAAACAUGAGAAAAGUUUUUUCAGGGGGUUACAGAGCACUGGAACAGGCUGCCUGAAGAGCCUGUGGAGUCUCAUCCUCUGAAAAUAUUCAAGAGUCACCAGGAUGCUUCCCUGUGCGACCUGCUGUAGAGAACCUGCUCUACCAGGGGGUUGUACUGACGGAGCUGCGGGGUCCUUUCCACCCCCUACUAGACCUGAGCUUCCCAGCCACAAAGCCACAGUCACUGCUUGGCUGCUUGGGCUGCACCACGUGCAACGCGGGUGUCUCACAGCUGUACACCUGUUGCAGUAAGGUAAUGCAAUAGGGCUGUGUAUGUGGGCAAAGCGGGAGGAGGGGAGGCAGGGUGGUCCAAGAGUGUUCAGACUGAAUGGCAUCUUUUUUAACACCUGUCCAGAAAAAACCCAGAAAACACCACUGCUUCUAACAUCAAUGGUUUGCUGUCUUUUUUUAAUCCUAGAGUACCAUGGCCAAGCUUUAGCUUCUUGCCCCAGCAGCCCAUUUGCUAUG